GCUUGCGAGCUUCCCUCAAAGAUCUUUCAAAUGGCUGUGCCUUUCACGUUUGACAUUUCCGUUCACCUUGUCCUGCCACAUUACUAUUAUUAUUAGUGUUUUUCGAAUUAACAUUUUUUCAGUAAAAAAUUAUUCAGCAUGCCAAGAAAAAUUGGAUUCAACGUUGUGUACGCCUCAAGUGAAGAGGACAGGCAUUCGUCCUUAGAAUUGAAUAUACAUGGUCCGACAGUCAGAGGUUGGCAAAGUGCAAGAAGAUGCAAUUAUCCGCAAGAACUUGUUCUUCGUCUUCAUGGGCCAACCAAGUUGACCAGAAUACAAGUACUGGCGCACCAAUAUUUAAUCCCUCAAAAAUUGGAAAUUUGGGUAUCUCGAGAGAACUCUUCAGCUUCCUCCGAUUUCACCUACUUGGGAUACAUUACACUUUCCGAUAAUGCAUCAACAAUGUAUAAAAGUAGGGAACUUAAAAGCGUAGCACUUCCGGAAACUGAGGCUGUUUCCCUCAAAUUCAGGCUUCACAGACCUCACUGUAAUGCGCACAAUAUUCACGAACAGAUUGGGCUCAUUGCCAUCAAUAUUCUCGGUGAACCUUUUGGCCAGGAAUUUAGUGGUCAAGGGGAUGCUCCUUACAAUCCUCAUUACAUUUCUCCGUAUGACGACCUCGCAUUUGAAAUGUAUGUCGAUCGAGAAGUAGCUAAAAUUAUCAGACAAAUGGAGUCCAAAAAGCUGCAAGCUGUCGAAGAGGAGAGAUUUGAAUACGCUUCGAAAUUAAAAGAUGCGAUGGAAAAUUUGAGAAAAGCAGGUGAACGUCUUGGAAAAUACGAGUUAGAAAAAAAAUAUGCGAUUGCUCUAGAGGAUUAUGAUAAGGCAAAAGCUAAGAAGGCACAGGCGCAACAUUUUCGUCAACAAGUUUACGAGAGUCUAGAGGUGGAAGAUUUACUUGAAGCCAAUGGGCCACUGGAAAAGAAUAAUAUAUCGUUAGCUGAAGGGAAGGAAGCAGUCGCGGUAGAUAUUUGUGGAUCGAGUAAUGUCACUACUUUAGAUGAAUUAAGUUCUGCACCCAGAUUAUCGAUUCCGACUAAUCGGGAAAGAACUAUUUCACCAACUGGGCCUCCACAUUCACAACCGAUAUCUCCCUUGCGUCAGAAAUCUCAAAGUCCAGACGUAACCGAUAGUCCAACAAAUGGAGUAGUGGAAAGACAAAAGGAUUAUAAAGGUUCACUGCAAAGGAGAAAAAUAAAGUCGGCAGGACCAGCUUUAAGAUCAAGUUAUGAGGCUUAUGAAGAACGAACAAUUCCAGCUUUGAGGCAUUCACAUACCAACGAAUUUACAAGAGAGUGUCAUACAGAAAGCACAGAUACGAAAAUUCCAUCCAAACUCAACGAUAGGGAAAAGAAACAAGCAGCUUUGCCGAUAUCUGUCUUCGGAAUGGACAUGGUUGAAAAGUUCUACUCCAAGCAAUUUACUGAUAAAGAAGAGGGCUUAAUUUUGUUAAAACAAGAAUUAAGAGCAUUUGAUCCUGACACUUCGAAACAUUCUGCCAAUAAAACGGCCAGGGCGGCGAUUUUACUUUUGCAUAGAGCACUCAGGGAUAAAGUUUUUAGUGUCUACAGUCUAGCUGCGCAACUACUGAGGACAUUCUUUUCAGAAUUUGCUGCCAACAGAGUCUCCCCAACUGAAAUCGCUCGAAGCGUGGAUAGAUUACUUCCGGAACUUUUGACAAAAUCUGGAGAUACAACCCCCAGAAUUCAUAAUAUGGCAGUUCACACUAUCUUGAGUAUGGCUGAUUGCCAAUGCGUAAGAGAUUUGCAUAUAAUACCAGUCCAUUUAACGAGAACAGUCAGCAGUAGCACACAUCAAAGAUUGGCAUUAAGCAGGCUUGAAAUGGUCGAACAACUUAUCCUAAAUCACGGAAUUUCAACGGAUAAGCAAAGGCAUUGUGAUUGUUGCAGUGGUUUAACAUGCAGAACGUUAUCAGAAUUGGGUUCCUCGGGCUUGCAUCAUCCGGCAGAAGCUGUGAGGAAAGUUUCCGAAAGAAUAUUAAUUCUGGUCUACAAAGUGAAUCCUAGAUUAGUUCGAAAACAGCUUCCACCAGACGAUGACAUCACGAGGAGGAAUUUAUUGUAUCGACAGCUAUUCCAUGAAUUUGAUCGAAUAGAUCUUCAGAGGAAGAAAGAAAUGGAAGCUAGUCAACGACCAACGAGGACACCUACGAGGACCAGCUCGAUAGAUAACAGCGUAGUUAGUUUAACUAAAUCUCCGCCAGUGGCUAGUCCUCCAGUUAGCACAGGAAGUUCAACAAGUGUCACAUCACCUUCUGACAAUAGUGCAGAACACAAGGGUGACAAAAUGUGCAUCUUCUGCUUAUCGAAAGGCCAAGUUUACUCCGAGGAGGGAUUAAAUAUUCACUACUGGCGAAGUUGCCCGAUGUUAACAAAGUGCGAGGCAUGUAAACAAGUCGUAGAAAUUUCUCACCUCAAUUCGCAUUUACUAUACGAAUGCGACUUAAGGAACAACUACGUCAAGUGUGAAACGUGCAAACAGCCUGUAAAUGGAAAAAUGUUCGAAGAACAUUCAAAGGACGAAAAAUGCACAAAACCAGUCGAAGGUUACGGAAGAUGUCCUCUUUGCUGUGGAUUAGUAAAUCAAAAUAAGUGGAGAGACCACUUAAUGGGUGAUCAUCCCUGCACAAGCAAUCCACGCACAAAAGUUAACAAAUCUUGCACAAAAUCACCAGCAAAUGGUCAAAAUCUCAGUGGAAAGUUAACGUCCCCAACGGGACGGGAUUACUAGCAAUGAAUGGAUUUUAGUCUACCGUGAAAAGUCUAGUCAAUUUUGAUAAUUUAUUUAUUUUGAUAAUAUGUAUUUGUUAUUGCCAGUCCGAUGUUUUCGAGAAUAUUUCUAUGUAUGCUUUAACUUUUUAUAGUAAAACCCGUCCUCUUGAGUAACAGUAGCAAUUAUUAGACAGUAGGCGCUAAAAGUGAUUCAAUCUGUUGCAUCGAUAACCGAUAUUCACGCAUUAACCCUCAAAGUGCAGUGGGUGCAUCACACCCCAAGAAAUUUUCAAACUCUUAUCAACCAUACUUAAUUCGAAAAAAUUGAGUAUGUGUCGCCAUCUAGCU